UUUUUCAGUCUUUCACUAGUCUUCAUUAGUGCAAACAGUUGGUGUUCUUUUCCCAAACUAAGUGUUAUUAAUAUAAUGGAACGUUGGCAAAAUCGUGUUGCAGUCGUUACCGGCGCCAGCUCCGGCAUAGGUUCUGCCACCGUUAAGGAUCUGUUGAAAGCUAAUUUGAUUGUCGUGGGUCUGGCGCGGCGCUUGGAGCGUAUGGAAGCACUGAAGGCACAAUUACCCGCUGAACAACAAAAACGCUUUCACGCCGUCGCUUGUGAUGUUUCCUCACAGGAAUCCGUUGACACGGCAUUCGAUUGGAUCAUCAAGGAAUUGGGAGGUGUCGAUAUCCUUAUCAAUAAUGCGGGUAUUUACGCCGCUGGCCAGGUUAGCACUCAGGAUCCGGUAGAAUUGCAAAAUGUUUUACAAACCAACGUAAUGGGCGUGGUAUAUUGCACACAGCGUGCCUUCAAAUCGAUGAAAGAACGUAAUUUUGAUGGUCAUGUGGUUGUUGUUAAUAGUGUGUUGGGUCACAGUAUACCUAUGACGCUCGGUAACAAUCAGCCACCAGCGCUUUCCAUUUAUCCGUCUUCUAAGUAUGCAGUGACCGCCUUAUCGGAGGUAUUGCGUCAGGAAUUUAAAGGACUGGGCACCAAAAUUAAGAUAACUAGUGUUAGUCCCGGUUUAACUGAUACUGAAAUUGUGCCAGAACAUUAUAAAAACUCCGGCAUACCAAUUCUGAAAGCGGAAGAUAUUUCGAGCUGCAUUUUGUUUACACUCUCCACACCACCACAUAUGCAGGUGCACGAGAUCACUGUGACAGCAUAAAUACAAAAAAAAAUUUUGUAUCGGUUUAUAUGUAUUUCGUAAAGAUGCUCUACUAAAUGCUUACGAUGUAUCAG